UCAACAAGAAGAAGAAGAAGAAGAAGAAGAAGAAGAAGAAGAAAAAGAAGCAGAGCAGGUAGAUUUCUACAAUUAUGAGUGGCGCUGCUUCUCUCAACACUUCCCGCUCUGAAUUGGACUUGGAUCGUCCCAAUAUUGAAGAUUACUUGCCUUCCGGAUCCUCAAUCCAAGAACCCACUGGGAAACUCCGCCUGCGCGAUUUGCUUGAUAUUUCGCCGACGCUCACCGAAGCUGCUGGUGCUAUUGUUGAUGAUUCGUUCACUCGGUGUUUCAAAUCAAACCCACCGGAGCCAUGGAAUUGGAAUAUUUAUUUGUUCCCCUUGUGGUGCUUUGGAGUCGUCGUUCGGUAUCUGAUUCUCUUCCCAGCGAGGGUUCUCAUAUUGACAAUAGGAUGGAUAAUAUUCCUUUCAACAUUCAUUCCUGUGAAUCUACUUCUGAAAGGGCAUCCUAAGCUGAGAGCUAAGUUAGAGAGGUUUUUGGUGGAGUUGAUUUGCAGCUUCUUUGUUGCAUCUUGGACUGGAGUUGUCAAGUAUCAUGGGCCACGGCCUAGCAUCAGACCAAAACAGGUUUUUGUGGCCAACCACACUUCCAUGAUUGAUUUCAUAGUCUUGGAGCAAAUGACUGCCUUUGCUGUUAUUAUGCAGAAACAUCCUGGGUGGGUUGGACUGUUGCAAAGCACUAUAUUGGAGAGCAUAGGAUGCAUAGAGUUCAACCGUACCGAGUUGAAGGACCGUGAAAUCGUAGCAAAGAAGUUAAAUGAUCACGUUCAAGGGGCUGACAACAAUCCUCUUCUUAUAUUUCCUGAAGGAACUUGUGUAAAUAACCACUACUCUGUUAUGUUCAAGAAGGGUGCAUUUGAACUUGGCUGCUCUGUUUGUCCAAUCGCAAUCAAAUACAACAAAAUUUUCGUCGACGCUUUUUGGAACAGCAGGAAGCAGUCAUUCACCAUGCAUCUGCUGCAGCUUAUGACUUCUUGGGCUGUUGUUUGUGAUGUCUGGUACCUGGAGCCCCAAGUUUUGAAGCCUGGAGAAACACCCAUCGAGUUUGCAGAGAGGGUUAGGGACAUAAUAUGUGCUCGGGCAGGUCUUAAGAAGGUUCCAUGGGAUGGAUAUCUGAAGCACUCUCGACCGAGCCCUAAAUACCGUGAACGAAAGCAACAAAGCUUCGCCGAUUCGGUUCUGCAGCGAUUGGAGGAUAAGUGAUGUCAGCCAGUACCUAGUCUUGAAACUGCUUUUACCCUUGGAUACCAGGUUCCAGCCCUGAACCUAUUUCUAGGUUAGAGUUGAUGAUUCGAGUUACUGUCGAGUAUGCACUCCUGGUGAGUUGGAAUCUUCUUCCCAGCAUGGAAUCGUGUAGCGUUACGUAGAUUGUGAACGCCAUGCAGUGUUUAGUUUUCGUUGAGAAUUUUAGAACAAUAUCUCUUAAAAGAGUCUUUAUCAUAUUCUUUGUUGUCCUGUAAGUGAGCUUCCUGGUUUUUCUCUGCAUUAGCCCAAGUUUUUGUUGCUGUUGGAUG